AUUUUUUCUUUUCGUUACAACAGAAUUGAUUAUCUAACCAUGACAGAGGAUCAACAGACAAGUGUACCAGCAAAAGAACGAAAAACAAAUAUUCACGACAUAAGAAAUCAGGAUUUUGUUAGCAGAUUAUUAGCAGCCACUCCACCUUAUUUAUAUUCAGCACCAGUUGGACCAAAUAAUUUUUUCUUUAGCGAUAUGUUACGUUCUUUAGUUCAAGCAAAAAAUAAUGAAAAUGCACGUAAUUUACAAUUACAACAAGCAGCUUUAGCAAGAAGACCACGUAAACGUUCUUGGAGUCAACAUAGACCAUAUUAUGAACAUUUAAAAGAACGUAAAGAAAUGGAAGAUAAAAUUCAAACAACAUCUACUACUACAACCGGUAGUACUAUAGAAAAACCAUUAGAAUUAACAAAUAAACAAAUAUUUCCGAUAGCUUCAAAAUAUUCUAAACAUUUAGAAACAUUAAAAGAAAAUGCAUUACAAGUUAGUAAUAAAAUAUCAAGUAAUUCUACAACAGUUUCAAAUCAAUCAGAACAAAAACAACAGGAAUAUGAAACAAAUAAUCCAAAUCAUACACAAUCAAAAAGUCAACCGCAACAACAGCAACAACAAUCAACAAAUUAUGAAUGUCCAUCAUCAUCAAAUCCUCCAAUACCAGAUCCACCACAAGCAUCAUUACCACCAUCUGAUUUAGCAUUACCACCACCUCCACCAGUUUGGUAUCCAACACUGUAUCCACCAUAUGGAAUUGAUCCAUUACAUUUUUUUAUAGAUUUAAGAGUUUCUGGUCAUAUAUAUGAUCGUAAAAAAGAGAAUUCAUCACCAUUAAGUACUGAGAAUGUUAAUACAGCACAAAAUGAAAAUCCUAGUACUGAUGGGCUGGUUAAUAAACAUAGGCAUGGUUCAGCUUUUACAGUACCAGCACCAAGAAAUGAAAAAUCUUCUGCUAUUAAUUUAUCAUGUGGUUCUAGUAGUGUUGGAGAAACAACAUUAGCAGGAGAUAGACAUGAUCUUUAUAAUAAAAUUUAUGAUUUAAGUGAAACAAAAGAGAAUCAUUUUGGUGCAUUUAAAAAUGCAAAUUAUGUUUUACAAAAUUUACCAAAACUUUAUUCACAAUUUGCUAAUCGAGAUACAGAAAGUCUUGAAAGAUCAAGUUUAAAUAAUGACAAUAAAUCUGAAGGAUUAGAUGAUGAUGAUGAUAUUGAUGAACAAAGAGAAAAUUCAGGGCAUAUUGAUGUUGAAUUAAUUGGAGAUCGAUGUCAAAGUCCUGAUGAUGAUGAUGAUGUUAUUCAUCAAAUUGAUUAGUUGAU